AGUCCAAUAUUUACAUCAGUUACAGUGAUAAUGCUUGGUGUCUACUUUCAGCCACCGCAGUAGAAUGCCAGGAAUGAAUCUCAUUGAAAUUGUAGUUGCAUUUGCUAUUUAAUUUAAUUGUCAUGGAUGAUACACAGACAACCCAACAGCAAACAGAGGAAAACAAUGGGCUUAAAUACACAGAGGGAUAAAUGAGGGAAUAAGACACAGGAUGAGAGCACAGCUGCGAGAAAUCACAAACAACAAGACCAUGGGGAAGGAAAACUGAAAACACUAACAUAGUCUAAGGAGCUUAGAAAGAAAACGUCUGGACUUCUUUAAGUUGCUUGAAGACGUUCAAGCAAAGUUGAAGUUCUUUUCAUCCGAGAAGGUGAAACAUCUUCAAGCAACUUCAAGUCCAGACGCUUUCUUUCCAAACUCCUUAGACUACGAUGACCUAGAUGACUGAGAACCUUCACAGACAUGAAAACACUAACAUAGCACACAAGACUAUCAAAGUAAAACAGCAAACAAGAGACUUUUACAAAGACACAGAGUUGACACAGAGACAUGACUGACUGGGGAGAAAUUGGGGAACAUGGAAAGAAGAAUGACUAGACAUGACACGUGGGACACAGGGGCAAGGCAAAGUAACAGAAACCUAAAGCCUAAGAAUAUAACACAAGAAGAAAACAAUAAAGAGAACCAAAAACAUACAUAAGAAUAAUCAAUGAAUAUAAAUGAACAAACACAAAACACUGGGUCACAGACUCAGUACCAUGACAGUUAAAUGUACAAUAAUAAAUACUUUAAAUCAGAUGACAAUGUAGCUGACACUGUGUUUAUUAGUGUGUGGUCAACCACAAAUCUUCAUACUGUCAUCCAUACAUGAGGUCUUUAUACAAACGAUGAAAGAUAAUGAAAGAAACUGUUUAAUUGAUAUGAAAUGAUUGAAUUAUAUGAAAUAUUAUGGCUUUGUCUGCCAGAGUGUUUUUCUGUAAACUACUUUGAACUACUGGCAGUCAGUGAAGUCACUGAAAGGCAAGAUUCUAUGUUGUGUUGCCGUAGUUUCCAGAGUUUACUUAUAAAGCUCACUUACAGAAUUCAGUUAGAAAAGUCAAGCAUUUGAAGGGCGCACAUUUGAAGGAAUAUUAACUCAAUAUUAACUCAUUACGGUUUACAUUUUCGAGUUUAAAAGUUCUCCGAAAUUACAAUGAAAAAGGAAACAAGAAAAAUUACCACUCCAGCCGAUAAGAAAGAUUCAGGAGAUCAAGAUUGUAAGAGCAGGACUGCUAAAAGAAAGGCCAGUCCUGAAAAGAAGACCCCAAUAAAAAGGAGGAGGGUCGCUGAGCAGGCUGGUCCUUCCACCAGCUCAGAUGUGGUCAAAGGAGUGAAGCGCAAGGUUGUGCAAGAUGAAGAGGGCACAACAAAGAAAGCAAAGAAGGCUAAACUUCUCGACCAUAUGAGCGGUGACAAGGAGCAAGCAUCCUCCUUGUUGGACUCUGGUAAAGACUUGAAUAACAAACAGGUGUGCACAAAAAUGGCAAAAGAAAGGCCAUGGAGACAACAGAGAGUCACCCAAGAAAAAAAAAGGAAUGUGGACCAGGACAAAAAAUCAGUGGCAGACCAAAAACGUGAAUUCCAAGCCAGAUAUGUGGAGGAACACCAGCUCGGAGAAGGAGGCUGCGGAGCAGUGUUUGCUGGCUACCGGAUAGAAGAUUGUUUUCCAGUUGCCAUCAAACACAUUCCCAAAAAUAAAGUCUACUGCAAAGUGGCGGAUGAAAGCGGGAAGAAGCUCUCAGUGGAAGUGGCCAUUAUGGUUAAACUUGCAGGUGAAGCAGAAGGGUCAGUGGGAAUAUCUGCACCUGUGUCCUUGCUGGAGUGGUUCGACCUUGGCAAAGAGCUGAUCCUGGUGCUGGAGAGACCUGUCCCGCUGUGGACCUGCAAAAAUACAAAGCAGAAAAUGGAAGAACUUUAACAGAGGACAAGGCCAAGGUCAUUCUGAAGCAACUAGUUGAUGCUGUAAAGGAACUUGAGGAUAAACACAUCUUUCAUCGGGACAUCAAGGGACAAAACAUUCUGAUUGAGACCGGCUCAGAUGUGCCUCGUGUUCGCAUCAUUGACUUUGGACUGAGCUGUUUUGUUAAACAGCGAUCUCUGUAUCGCAUCUUCUAUGGCACUCCUCUUCACAUCCCUCCCGAGUGGUACAUUAGGAGCUGCUACAGGUGUGGACCCACCACGGUGUGGCAAAUGGGAGUGGUGUUGUAUGAAGCGCUUCAUGCACGAUACUUUAGUACCGCGAGGUUCCUCACAAAGAAACUGAGCAU